CUUCACCUUGUUAUAUUAUUCAGUAAUUAACACUGAGUUUUCUUUUUGCUAGUUCGUCGUUAUUCAGAAGUGUAGCGUCUUGUGGUAAAAUGGUUUCCUGCACUAUGAAGGUUGACUAAAUGUUUCAAAAUAUCUCGACUGCACUUGCCUUGUAGGGUAGAAUCAAUCUAACAUGAUGUUGAGUCCUAAGAUGCAAAGGACUAUCCGGGUGAACGAAAACCAACUCAUAAUGCUAUCGGAACGAGCUCAUAACGAUCAUUCUUUAGCUGGAUAUCUUCAUAAAAGAUCGGCGGAUAGUAACAAGUGGCAGUUGAGAUGGUUUGUGCUUUACCAGAAUCUUCUUUUCUACUACGAUUCAGAACAUUGUCAUAGACCCUUAGGCAUUUUGAUGUUAGAAGGUUCCUACUGCGAAAGACUAAUCACGGCUGGCAGUACAUCCAAAUCCAAAGAUUGCUCCGAAAGACAAUUCUGCUUUGCGAUAUCAUACAGAAAAGAGAACAUCAGACAAUACGAAUUAAGAGCUUUAAACGAAAUGGACUGUAACAGCUGGAUUGAAGCUAUAAGAGAAGCCAGUUUCAACAACCUACUGCUACAAAAGGAAGAGUUGGAACAAAAGCAUUUACAUUUAUUACAAAUCGUCGAAUCUGAAAAAACAGCUAAAUGGCAAUAUUCUUUAGAAUGUGUGGAGCUCGCAACAGAAAUAAAGAAGCUGAGGGCAGAGAUAUGCGCCUUGAAAAAGGAAUGGGAACCUCGCCACACUUCGAGCGGAAGCUUAUCUUCGACUCAAGGGUCUUGCAGUUCCGGCGUUAGCGGUUACUUCGCUAACUUAGAACAAGACUCUAUAGAACUUAGAAAAAUCAAGAAAGUUCAAAGCUUUUUUCGAGGAUGGUUAUGUAGAAGACGAUGGAAGCAAAUCGUCGAGCAGUACAUUAAGAGUCCCCACGCUGAAAGUAUGAGAAAAAGAAACAGUUUGGUAUUCCGGAUGGUUGAAGAUGAAGAGGAAUAUAUGGAGCAGGUGGAAGUUUUAGUUACUUGCUUCUUAAGGCCCUUUAAGAUGGCGGCUUCUUCUAAAAAACCUCCUUGCUUACACGAAGAUGUCAAUUCUAUAUUUUUGAAUAUCGAGACGGUGUUGUUUCUGCAUCAGAUAUUUUUGAAAGGUCUUACUUCUAGAAUGGAAAGCUGGCCCACUCUUGUCUUAGGUGAUUUGUUUACGAUGUUAGUCCCAAUGUUAAGCAUAUACCAAGAAUAUGUCAGAAAUCACAACUAUUCUCUACAAGUAUUAACAGAAUGUAAGCAAUCGUUACAAUUUUCCGCUUUAGUUAAACGUCUAGAAAGUAAGCCAUCAUGUAGAGGCAGAUCGCUAGAAGCAUUUCUGACUUAUCCUAUGCAUCAGGUUCCGAGAUAUAUUAUAGCACUACAUGAAUUGUUAGCACAUACUCCGCACGAUCAUGUUGAAAGAAAAAGUUUACAAAACGCCAGACAACAACUUGAAGAUCUUUCCAGACAGAUGCACGAUGAGGUUUCAGAAACGGAAAAUCUACGAAAAAACUUAGCUAUCGAAAGAAUAAUAGUCGAAGGUUGUGAUAUAUUACUAGACGUCAACCAGAUUUUCGUGAGGCAAGGUUCACUGGUUCAACUUCCUAGCGAUAAACAAAAACAGAGCAAAAGCAAACUUCCAUUUAAAACAGACAAAGAUACCGUGCGCCAAUGUUUUUUAUUCUCGAAUCAUCUUAUAAUUACAACAAGAACAUCAAGCGGAAAGCUACACCUCGUUCCAGAUAUUGGUAAAAUCCCUCUAGCUGAUGCCCUUUUAAUUGAAGAUCCUUCAGAAAACCAGGCCGAUGAUGUGUCUAGCCAAUCAACAGCUAGUGAAGCAUCAGCGAUAAGUAAAGCGUCCCAUAAUAGAGAUUUCAAAAUUGUAAUUGAAACAAAAACAACACAACAUAAUUCACUAUCUGUUCAUCUCCUAGCCUCGUCGAUUCAAGAAAAGGCAGCGUGGAUCUCUGACCUAAUCCAGUGUUUGGACAACGUGCAGUUCAACGACAUAAUGCGACCAGCAACGCACACCAGUGGCUCGAUCAGUCUACCACAGUCGUUAAAAAAUGAUCCAAAGUUGUUCAAAGAUGAAGCCGACAUUCGUUUUAGUCGUAAGCUGAAUUCUUGUAAAAUUCCGCAAAUUCGAUACGCCACACCAGAAAAACUGCUGCAAAGACUUAUCGAUCUACGUUUUCUGUCUAUCGAUUUUCUCAACACAUUUUUACUGACAUACAGAGUUUUUACCGAUGGAAUCACAGUUUUAGAAGCACUUAAAAGGGUAUUUUAUGGUAUUGAUGUAGAACAACAUGAAGCAAUGGCUUCAGACGGGCUUAGCAAAGAUGAAUGUGCUGCAGUAGACGAAAGAAGACGGAGUAGUUUUUCUCCACGAAGAACGAGUGGAGCCAGUUCAGUUUCUGGUUAUGGUUCUGAAAUGAGCGAAAGGGACAGGUCUCAUAGUUACGAUUCUCAAGGUUACAGAGUAUGGAAAGCAACAUUGGAAAAGUACGAGGAAGAGUCACAAGAAACAGAAAAAGAGACAGAAAGGCCAAAAAUUAUUAAGCAUAGUCCUACAAAACAUGGUGAUACUCUUACUCUACCUGGUUCCAAACCAGUGGCCAAACCAAUCGCCAAACUAGUGGACAAAACUCAAGAUUCUGAAGAAAUUAAACUAUUGACGAUACCAAAAGUUACAGAUUCCAGCAGUAGUGAAACCCUGACAGGUGCGCCUUGCUCCCCAAGCAAUUUAAGCUCGGUAACCUUAAUAGGUACCUCACCAUCAGAUGAUACCAUUGAUGUUGAAAAAUCUUCAGUAAAAAAAUAUUCGCCAAAAACUUCUCCUACGAGACAACAACCGCAACACCAACAAAUUCCUGCCAAAACCUCAAUAUCCACUCCAACGAAAUCAACUGCUAAAACACUGUCUCCUACCAAAGACCAAGGAAAACCGGAUCAUCAGAAAAGGCCAUCGGUUACUCUUAAAAGUGAUGAUAAAAAACCUAUACAACGAGGAGUGUCAGUUGAAUCUGAAGACCAAUCUGAUGAACCUGUGUCCUCUCACACUCAUAGCCAUCGAGCUUCUUGUAGUUCUUCUAGGUCAGCUAGUAUUUCUACUACUACUGGAGUUAUACAAUCUUUUUUUCAGAGUUACUAUGGAGCAAGAUCAUCAAUACAGGAUGGUGAAGCCUCUACUACUAGAUCGAGUUUCCAACAUGAGUCUCCACAAAGGCCGAGUCGAGCUGGUGUUGUUAUCACUUCUUCUCGACAGUCUAAGCGAAGAAGUAGUACUUCCACUGCAGCUGCUGCCUUUGCAAUUGCUACAUCUGGUUCUAGUAACCCAAGAGACAUAUCGCCAGGUAAAGACCAAGAGGAGUAUAACGCAGAAAGAGCAAGACACAAGGAAUCUGUGAUGUCCACAGCUUGUACAAUGAGAGUACUAAACGUUUUGAGGCAUUGGAUUUCGAAACACCCGCAAGACUUCGAGAACGAUCAUCGCCUGAAAAAUAUGACAAUAGAAUUUUUAGAAGAUAUUAUUUAUAGUCCAAAUUUGUUACCGGCUGAGCAUAAAGCUGCAGCUCAGUUGUUGAGAUUGUUAACUAAAGAAGAUGCAGAAAGUUCUAAAAUUGACUUAAAAAAAUUACUUAUACCUACAGCGGUUCCAACUAAAGAAUCAAUAGAAAGCUUAUCCGCGUUAGAAAUAGCAGAACAGCUGACGUUUAUUGAUCACCAAAUAUUCGCAUACAUUUCAUGCGAAGAAUUCCUGGGCCAAGCAUGGAUGAAGGCAGAUAAAGAAAAAAGAGCUCCGCACAUCAUUAUGAUGACUAAACGAUUUAAUGACGUGUCUAGAUUGGUAGCAUCAGAGAUUCUUAAUCGUAAGUCUAUUGCACAGAGAGUGUCUGCCAUAGAAAAAUGGGCGGCAGUAGCGGAUAUUGCUAGAUGUCUUCAUAACUUCAAUGGUGUUCUGCAAAUAUGUUCUGCUUUUACUAACACAGCUGUAUUUCGCUUGAAAAAAACUUGGGAGAAAGUUUCUAAAACAACAAAGCACACGAUUGAGAAGUUACAAAACAUCGUAUCAUCAGAUGGAAGAUUCAGGUCUCUUAGAGAUGCUUUACAUCGAUGUGAUCCGCCUUGUAUACCAUAUCUCGGAAUUUACUUGACUGAUUUAUCCUUUAUUGAAGAAGGAACACCUAAUUAUACACCAGAAGGACUUCUAAAUUUUGCGAAAAUGAGAAUGGUGGCUCACGUGAUACGUGAAAUUCGCCAUUUUCAACAAACUCCUUACAAAAUUGAGCUUAUACAGAAAGUGGCUGAUUACUUGCUGGACACCUCUAUAGUAAUGGACGAUGAACAGUUGUACGCUACCUCCUUAGAAUUGGAACCCAGAACUUCAAGAUUGGUAUCCCAAUCAUCCACCACUACUCUUAAGUAAACAACUCAAAGAUACCUACUUUCUUAUGUAAAAGACAAUCGGAGUCGCAUGAAUCUGUAAUAUAUAAUAGAUAAUUCACAAUUAUAUAAUAUUUAUACCUACUAUUUUUGGUAAAAUAGUAAAAAUUGUUGAAUUAUUAAACAAGUACUGAAUUUCUUUAAAAUAUUGCAGAAAGAUUCAUAUAGACUCACCCUUGUUAAAAAAAAUACUUAUUAAUCCUAAUGAAAAUUUUUAAUCGCGAUAAAUCAAGCACUUUUUGAGAAAAAAUAUUUUUUUAUUAAUUCCUAGUAUAUAACGAAAUAAGUAUUGGUACGUCAGUUGCUCUAUUCUUGACAUUAUCAUUAAAAACGAAACACGUUUACUAAGAAUAAAUCUGUUCUUUUUAAUUAAAAUUUAAUAUUUCAAAUUGAGGUAUUUUUACAUAUUUUCAAACGAUUUGGUUAGUACAACAAAUUCAUUAAUUUAUCUUAAUGUUCCCAUGUUUUAAUAACAGGUACUCUUGAAAUAGGUGCACAGUUCAUCUUCCGUUAGUAAUUUAAAUGAUUUAAAUGUUCAAACCUAUAUUCCAAAUAGAAUUAAGCUUGUGUUUCGAUCAACGAAUGCCUGACCUAAAAUUAACGGUAAAGUAUAUACGAAAAGAUAUAUUAUUUUAAACAUACUGGCUAACCGAUCGCCGGCGGUGCUUGCAUUUGUUGAAAAGAAAACCGUCUUCCGGCGGCAUGGUCUUCUUGAUACAGGAAAGCCGCCGCAAAUCUAAACUGAUUUGUUUAUCAGGGCGGCAUGCUAUCAGUGAAUUGAAAAAUGCCGCCGGACGACGGUCUACUUUAUUUAAAACAUUGAAUGCCGGUGGUAAGAAAAAAUACUUGUAAAAUCAUUUACACUUUUGUGGCAAAUGAUCAUAUGUCGUACGCGUUUUAUUUGUACAUCGGUCUCCUUUUAACAGAGUAGAUGAGCUGUUUCCAGGCCGUUGGUGUUUAUGCCGGUCGGCGUAGCCAGGUAUGGAUUGAAAUUUUAAGUCGUUACUUCGACUUCUUGUUGUCACGGCAUUAUUAUUUGUUAAUGUAUGUGAAAUUUGCUUCUAAGGUUUAUAAAAUGCUACUGCAAGUCACGGCUUAAAUGAAAACAAACAAGACGCAUUCACACAAUCACCUCCCACCACAGCAAUUACAAAUGAUUAGUGUUGUCCCCGAUACGCGAGUUUUUUCCGGCGGCAUUUAAUGUUUCAAAUACAGUAGACCGUCAUCCGGCGGCCUUAUCAAUACUCUGAUAGCCUGCCGCCCUCAUCAACAAAUCAGUUUAGAUUUUCGGCGGCUUUCUUAUAUUUGAGAAUACCAUACCGACGGAAGACGUUUUUCGUUUUAUUAAAUUCAACUACCGCCGGCGGUCGGCUAGCCAGUACGUAUUUUAAAUUUAGGCUUGUUUUUUAUUUCACCACUUUCUUCGUUAUUACAUAGAUUUGAGAAUCAGUUGCCACGUAAUUGUAAUUGGUUAUUAAUAGAUUUUUGUAUAAUUUUAUUAUUAUCCUUAAAGUUACAUUAUUUAUACUGGCGUCAGCAAAUGCUCUGGUUUAUUACAAAAAUGUAUACUUAAUUUUAGUUCUUUAGUUUUUAUCCUUUUCAAAUUCAUUUGACAUAAAAUUAAAUGAAAUUAAACUUUCGCCUUAAAUCAAAAUACAAAAUAAUUAAAAACAACUCGACAAGUGAACAGUUUAAGUUAACGUGUAAUGUGGAUAAAUAAAUAAAUAAAUAAAUCUUAUGUUUAUACGUUUGGUUAAUAGGGCAGCUGAAAAAGUCAAUUGAUGUAGACUUUAAGAUUAUAACUGAAUCAAUUUUAACGAUGAUGUAUCUGUGAAACACCGACAAUCUGUUGUUCACUAAUUUUAAAUAUUCUGUUUAACAAUAUAAAUUGUAG